CGAGAUUCUCCUAGCACACCAGAGGACCAUCAUCAAUCAAAUCUCCCUGGCCAGCACCCAACAACAACUUGUCCUUCGCUCUAUUGUAUGCGCCAUCGCCGCCGCCCAGAGAAUAAAGUCGAAACCGACAGCCUAGUCGCCGUAUACGGAUUCUUCCCUGGCGGCUGUCGUCCACAACCUGACUUGACGCGGUUGCUCAGCCAUCAACUGUCUGCACGAACUCUAUCUCCUACCUUUGGAAACCCAUCCCAUAUAUCCCAUAUCCCAUACGAGCACAUGAGCUGAUCUCCUACGAUCUUUAUUCUGACAACACCAUAAUUCAUUUGCUUCACAAUCUCAUCUUGCCAUCGACGUCCUUUAGCGAACCAUUCCUGCCACGAGCUUUCUAUUUUGGGCCAUUCGGGCUUCCGACAACCACCUCUCAACCACAUUGUCCGAACUUGCGUCUCGACUGCCGGACAGUACAGAGACUGAGUCUUUCAAAGAGAGUCCUCACACCGCUUAAUUGUUGCUUAGUCGUCGACUGGACAUAUUUGGGACCCUUGUGCACUUUCUGCCGCGCCUAGGAAAAGAUUGUUAAUGCACUACAUUGUCUUGUCUCACAUGAGGUUCAUUAGGGUUUGAGACAUAAUCAACCACAUGUUCUCGACAGUGCCGGUACACUGUGCAGUACAGAUUGUGGAAAGAGGACAAAAUGGCUACAGCAUUGGAGUCUCCAAUGUUAUUUCCAGAGUCUCCUCUGGAUACAGAUGACAUUCCGUUUCCAUGUAAAGGCUGUGGAUUGAUUCUUGAAGAAGGCAAGGCAUUCGAACUUGCUGGCAAUAGAUGGCAUAUCGAUUGCUUUCGUUGCAAUACCUGUAACACCCUGCUCGACUCCGAUGCGAACCUCCUACUCCUCGGGGACGGAUCUCUGAUCUGCAACAAUUGUACCUAUAGCUGCAGCAGUUGCGGCAACAAGAUCGAGGAUUUGGCCAUCUUGACCGGAGAUCAAGCCUUUUGUGCCAACUGCUUCAAAUGCCGAAAUUGCAAGAGAAAGAUUGAAAACCUGAGAUAUGCGCGCACAUCACAGGGGAUCUUUUGCAUGGAUUGCCACGAGGCCUUGAUGGCAAGAAGGCGCAAGAAGUCGGCCAAGGGCGCAGCACACCGAUCUAAACCUUCAAACAAUGCACACUUGGACAAGUCGCUCCCCGCGAUUCCUCCUCCAGAAGCCAGAAAGACGGCGUAUGUGGCUGACGAGUCAUCUCCGUAUCUUGAAGGCUACGUCGAAGCUCCUGGUGAUAUUCCGUCUGUAGCAAAGACGAUGAGUGAGCUACAGAGGGACGUUGAUUCGCGACCAUCCACAGGUGACCAGACUUCUCCACGAGAUAUGCUCACUCUUCCCUCGACCACAUUCCGCAACAACAGACAUUCUAUGAUGUCCCAGCGGUCAGAUCUCUCCGGGGGUGGAGGAGGUGAGGAAUUCUUGAUUCCGCUCGCCUUCGAUCCCACGCCUCCAGCUGCGAAUCAAUCUCCUGCCAUGGCAAACCAGGUCACGCCUCGUGUCGUCGAAGAAAAGCCUAAAGACUACUUUUCGAGUCGGCCAGCUCCCACAGCUCAAUCCAACGUUGCAAAGUCGAAUACAUCCAGCCCGCAUAUCGCCUACCAAGAGAAAGGGCGCCGGCCUUCACGUGAGGUCACUGAGAAGGGUCGGUCAGGCGGAGAUGUGAGCAGAUCAGGCUCGCAGCGUACUUCAUCCCACAUUGUGGCGGAGAGACCUCGACAAUCUCAAGAGUCUCCUCGUCUGUCGCAGCAAACUGCUCGCACCAAUGAAUCUGCGUCCACCGAGAGAUUCAAACUCCAGGAUGCGCCACGAAAGAAAGUCGCCAGCUCGACGCCUAACUCGCGGUCGGAAGCGUCCACUCCUCGAGCCGACUUGCCUACAGAUCCUAUCGAACAAUUUACGUUGUCUAGAACUCCUGCUACUGCAGACGUAAACUCACCCUCCGACGCGGGUUUCGCGACUCCGAAUGUGUCCGAUGACUCGAGUCCAGCCAUGACAGACGAAUCACCCAAGCACGCGCAAUUACCUACAACGUCGCUUCUACAAACUUUGCCAAAGCGAGGCGAUUCUCUCGACAGCGCGAAGCGUACGCAGACAAUACCUAGGAAAGAGCUGAACUCUGCAGCGAACAUACCUUCGAGCCUUAGUGCAACAGUCAAUGGAGCAUCUCCUGGCUCGAAAUCUUUGAUGCAGCCUGCUGAGCUCGCCAGGGCCAACGGGGGAAAGGUUAUCUCUGGCCCAAUCGGGUCUCCUAGCUCCAAGAGCAUCUUUGACACUGCAGACGAUUCGACCAACCAACCAGAUCUUCCAAGUGCUGGUAGAUUGGGCAAUGAAUCCUUCGUGGAUCCUCGAGCUCCUCCUCUGCCACCUUCAGAUCAUUCACGAUCACGCAACGAGUCUUUCAGCACAUUACACUCCGAGCAUCAACGAAACUUAGAAGGACAGAAAUCACCUGGUCUUCCAAGAUAUUCUACCGGCGUUGAAUUCUCUAUGGACGAGGAUAUGGCUCGCAUCAUGGGUAAUGAAGAGCAAAACGCACAUGAGUCCUUCCUCAAGAGAGUGUCGAAUUCAGUCCGCCACGGUCGUAGUUAUAGCGACAAGACCGGACGCCUGUCCCGCGACAGAUGGCCAAGAUCCCCUCCAGUCGGUCCUUCAGGUAUUGGCCAAGAGAUCAGUAGCCCUACGUCUGCCUCUCCUGAAAAUCGGGACGAGCUUGCUUGGUUCAAGAAUGAGCUCCGCCGAGAGAGACAAAAGAAGAUUGAGCGAGAGAAGCGCAUAGCUGAACUCGAAGCUCAACUUGAUUCAACUGCCAAUAUCAGACAAGUCAACUCCGAGUUAAAGGAGAAGAGGUCGACGAUUGUUGUCCUCGAUUCGCAAAAAGAGAUUGUGGUUCGUGAACUUGAAGUUCUGACCGAACAUCUAGCAGUCGCGAAACGUAGUGGCGAGCCGUUCGACCUGUCCAAAUUGAGCAACGCAGUCCUUCGUGACUUUGCGGAAUCUCUGGAGAAGUUGAAAGAUUCUUUUGCCCCUCAGAUUGAAGAAUCGAUACAGAAGCGCAAUGACCUGGUCGACGAAAUCGCCAAUUUGACGCAGAUGAAGGAUAAGAGUUUUAUGGAAUUCGAACAGUUGUCAUCCAAGAAUGCACAGUUGGCAGAACUCAACAAUCAACUGGUUCACCAAAUCCAAGGUCUCUAUAAAGCGAACUCGGGUGCCCAGGCCGAGGCGACCAAGCCGGCCAUGAAUGGCCUCGGUAUCUAUUCGCAUCACAAGGAGAAGUCGAAUUUGUCCUUUGACUCUCGGGAGACCAUGCGUAAUGCGUCAACCGAUUUGACCAACAUUGAAUCAGCCACCACUCUACAAGCUGGGGAAGCAGAGCCGGUGACGGUUCUACAAGGUCCACAGAUGGUGAACAUCCGAAAAGGACAACCGAAAAAGUUCGAUUGGAGGAAAGGACAAAAAGUUGCCAAGGGGGUAACUAAGGGUCUGAAGGGUGCUUUCUCUUCGACACAACAGAGUUACAGUCGAGAUUUGCAGUUCGCCGAGACUGGAGCUUACGGUGCACAGCCUCUUGGUCAAGAAUACUCCAGCCUGCCAAAGGCGAACCCAGAACCCGUCAAGCAGGGUGGCUUUGGCUUCUUUGGCAAUCAGAAGACCACAACCAAACCGAAUGGGCUUUAUGCUUCACAGGCCAACACCAGCACGCCCUCUUUACUUGUUGACGCUGCUACACAAUUAUUCGGCUCGGACCUUGAGCAGCGGGCUGAAUUCGAAAAAACCGAAAUUCCAAUGAUUGUGAAGCGGUGUAUCGAAGAGGUUGAGUCGAGAGGCAUGGAUGUUGAAGGCAUUUAUCGCAAAUCCGGUGCAAAUUCACAAGUGCAACAAGUCAAGGAAUGGUUCGAGAACCCUACAAAAGACUUCGAUCUGUCCGAUCCGGACCUCGACAUUCAUGCUGUGACUUCGGGACUGAAGCAAUACUUCCGACGGCUGCCCACACCCUUGAUUACUUACGAUGUCUAUGACAAACUGCUUGAUACGACCAGUAUUGCAGAAAAGGAUGUCAGACUCGAAGGGAUGCAGCGCGCACUGGAAGAUCUUCCCCAAGUGCAUUACGAUGUGUUGGAAUACCUCAUUCAACACCUUGCCAGAGUGGUGUUGCAAGAGAAAGAAAAUCUCAUGACACCGAUGAACGUCGCUGUCGUUUUCGCGCCCACCAUCAUGCGACCAGAAAGCCUCAAUCGCGAGCUGAGUGAUACGAAGAUGAAGAAUGAGGCGGUCAUGUGGAUGGUUGAGAACUCCGAGCGGCUCUUUGUGAAGUGAAACCAAAAAGGUCCCUUGGGCGUCACUUGAAGGUUCUUGGGCUGAAACCGAACAGAGGAUCAAAAAGUUUCUUCUUCUUCAUGAUCAAUGAUAGUGUUUGUAUCAAAUUAUUGAGCCAGGCGUCUUGGAUUGGUAAUAGGGGACCAGGCAUGAUCGCCCUCAGGGUUGGAGGAGGAUCUUUUGGCUGGAGUUUUGCGACAUAUCAUUGUGCGAGGCAUAUAUGCCUGCAGGGAGAGCUGAGCUCCAAAGUUUGGGCUUCAAUUCAGCGGACUGUGCCACUUGUAGGGGAUUGGAUAGAGACAAUGCAGUCGAGUAGAGGCUGCAAAAGUGUUGAAAGGGUACGGAGUCCAUCUACCUUCAGAUACCUAAGAUA